AUGACCUUCAACAUAUACAUCCCCGAGAAUCUUGCUUUCUCGGACUACAUUGCGGUCAUCCAGGUAGCGAGGACCUGGGCCGACGCCCAAGAUAGAAAGGAUCCUGAAAGAUUCCGAGCUACCGUAGCACCAGAGGUAACCAUCGACUACAGCCUUCUCAUCCCCGCAUGGAAAAGCAAAGUCUACACGGCCGACGAUUUCGUCGCCACAUGGCUUGCUCCAGACCGUGUCGGACUGCCCGUACUGGCAACGCAGCACCUGCUAGGCACGCCAUACAUCAAGAGCGCAACGGCGAAUGAAAUCGUCAUGGAAUUCCAAGAGGUGGCCUCACACGGGCGGCGCCAGGAUUACCACGGCGCGUUCGGCGGGAAAAUCGGAGAGACGGCUGAUGGGAGGGGGUGGGUGGAGCAUCAUUACGUCAAAAUUGAUGGCCAGUGGAAGAUUGAUCUCAUCAAACCUUCCAUAAUCUAUAUGGCGGGGGAUUGGGAGCGAGUUCGGCGGGCUGAGGGGGCGGAGUAA